AUGGCUGCGGCGGCGGGGAGGGGCAAAGGGUUUGCGGAGUCGGAGUGGGGGCCGGCGGGGUCGGCGCUUCCUGGCACGCCCCGCCCACUUGGGCCGUGCCAGAUGGCUUUGCGAUGCGCUCGUGAACGGGCGCCGUCGUUGAUGGAAGCGCCGCUGUUCGCCACCGCAACGGUCACCUCCACGGCAGGACUUGCCUCGGCAGGACUCCCCUCAGCAGCACCUACCUCGAAUGCUCAUCCGAAUCCACCUCGUCACAUCACUGCCACCCCUCAUAGGCACCUAUUCGCCGCCGCUGCCACUGCCGGCGCUGAACUUCUAGGCAACAAUUGUUGGACGUCCGAAGAGACAUGGCAUAACGUGUAUAGCUGGAUUAAUAACGCUCAGGUUCGAGCUUCUAUUGAACAGUGCCUUAUCGUAGUCGUUCAUUAG